AAAACGGGCGGGAUUGAAGAAAGGAAUCAAUGAUUUCCUAAUCUCAUGCAUAUUUAUAACGUGGGCCGUGUUCUUUAACGUUAAAAAAAGGGUGCAAAUUCAAGGCCGGCCCGAGUGCUGAGUCCCCCUGCUCGCAAGGAGUCGCUGCAAAGCCUCGGCGGAGGAGACCGGAGGAGGCUCGGAGGCUGCCGGGUGUGGAUCCGCUGCCUUUUUUUAAUCUCUCCCCUGCCGCGGCGGCCGGCUCGUCUCAUCUCGGCGAUGGCGGUGACGAGGAAGAUCGCCAUUCGCCUGGCGUACUCGGCGGUCGGGAUGAUCUCGGGGCUGUCGGCCUUCCUCGCCUGGAACCUGGCGCCGAGACUGCGGCAGCCUUACACCGCCUCCGCCGGCGGACUCUCGGGUGUGUUGGCACUCUGGGCCCUAAUCACACAUGUGAUGUAUAUGCAGGACUAUUGGAGGACUUGGUUGAAAGGCCUGAAGUUCUUCAUGUGUGUUGGCAUUUUCUUUGGCAUACUCUCCGUGGUGGGAUUCUGCACAUUCCUAGCCCUGGCCAUCACGAAGAAGCAAUCUUUUACGGAUCCACAGAGCUACUAUCUGUCCUGCAUCUGGAGCAUCCUUUCCCUCAAAUGGGCUUUUCUCCUCGUCUUAUACUCUCAUCGGUACAAGAAGGAGUUUGCAGACAUCAGCAUUCUGAGUGACUUUUGAGAUCCUAGAUGUCCGUUCCAUCAAAAGAAAGACCUUGGAGCGUCAAGGAAGGCUGUUGUUCAUCUGAUUGACAGUUGGAGGCAAGGGGUUGGCCAGAAGGCAGCUGAAAGAAACAGACAGCAGGUGCCUGACCUGCUUCUGCAUUUUCUUUUCUUCCUAAUUGCUUUUGUCCAGUCAUUCGCCCUUUUGACUAGUUCUGUUUGUCCGUGUGCGCUCAUCAGUCACAAAGACUUUGUUGUUUGAAUAGAUGAUCCAAGAUGUCUAGCAGGGCCUGAGUUUUUGUCCCAAGUCUCUAAUGUCUAUGGCCUAUGGCAUUUUUCAUAGGUUAUUUUUUUUUUCUUUAAUGAGAAGCAACUCCCCCUUUUGGGGCGGAGGCAGGGGCAAAGUCUAUGGUCCAGUCUUAUAAAGCAAGGAUUGAUUUGUACUCCUUUCAUACAGAUGUAUUUUUAUAGCUCAAGGUGUGAACCCAUUUUAAAACAACUUUUUUAAAGCAAGCUUUCCGCCCUUCCCUGGUGCUUUGGUGAGGAAGGCUUGCAUAUGUGCUGCUGGUGUUGGUGAUCACAGUUUAGGGACAAGAAAUGUAUGUUGUGAACAAAACUCUGCACCUUUUUUUUCCCUCUUGCCAGUCUUAAAUAGUUACGAUGGAUGCUUUUUUAAUUUGAGUUACGCAACACAAAGGCACCUGCAGUUUUGAAGAGUGACCGUCUGGGUUAAGAAGGAAAAUAAUAUUCCUAUCCAAACAUUUCCCCUUCCCCUGUAGCUAUCUGGUCAACAUAGGCAGGGACCUGGAGGCUUCCAGGUGUUGUCAGUUACACCUGCCAACAGCUUUAGCCAAUGGUGGUGAAUACCAUGAUCUGGGCUUCAAUAGUAUCUGGAAGGCCUGAGUUCCUUCUCCAUAAUGCCAUUAUCUAUACAGCACUUUGCUUUUCUUUUUUUUUGGUCUAAAACUGAUAUUUUAUAAAGUGAGCAACUGAAAUAUUUUAGGAAUGGGGAAGCCAAUUCAUUCUUUGGAGUCAGCGGCGUUGUCUAAUUCUUGAAGACUGGGACAAAAAAUGGAUAACUGCCACAAUUACCAUCAUCUCUGAUUUUUACAGGGUUGAAUAAAUUGGACUGUUGGCCAAUCGGAUGGUCAUCCCUUCAGUGGACUCACUUUUUGCAGCAUAUCCGGCAUAAACUAAUUCACAAAAAGACAUUUUUUGUUUUAACCGAACGCUUAGCUCAAGCUUCUGUGAGAUAAAGUUGAAGAAGCGGGGUGGGUGCCACGUGUGAGAAGAAAAUGAUCAUUUGGGAAUUUCUCUGCCUCACCUGGACACAUUUUUGCCAUUGUAAUCUCACUUAAAAUGUUUCAGUAGUUACACACAGUGGAUGUGUUUGAACGGGGAUGUGUUGCACUGUUCCUCUUUCACCUAUUUUCUCCCCUUUUUGUUUACAGCAGGAUGUGCAGUCCUCCUUGAAGUUUCUGUCUUUCUGCCCUACUCUGAGAGCCCUUGGCAUUUCCUUGAGGUGAACAGUUGUCCUCCAUCCAAAGGAUAGAUUAUUGAAAUUUGGAGUAACUUUAAUUUGAACGCAGAUUUAUAGAGGAUGACCUGUCUUUUAAACUUCUGUCUCUUUACCCAUUACAUGUGCAGACCAAUAUUUCUCAACCUUGGCAGCUUCAGCUCCCAGAAUUCUCCAGCCAGCAUGUUGACUGGGGAAUUCUGAGAGGUUUGAAAUUCACAGAUAUUGAAGCUGCCAAGGAUGAGAAACACUGGCAUGGACUGUUAUUGGAUGAUCUCUAAUCAGGCAGUUGUGGCCAACCCAAUUGUUCCUAAUAUGUCAGGAAGCACUGGGAUACGAACCAAAUGGCUGAUGGUUCCCUUUGGGUUCAUGGGCUAUAAGGCAGAUAUAAGAGAUGUUUCAAAUUUAUUGACAAACUCCUCAGGCUUCGAAUGCCAUCCUGUUUGUCAAAUACGCCACAUGGUACUUUCAUCACGGUUGGUGAUCUGCACUGCAGGGAUCAAGUUUCUCGGGGCUUUUUUUCCCAAUGGCACAAAAGGGAUUUGAUAAAUUCAGGGACACCAAAUCUUCAUGGGCAAUUUAAAGAGUAUUAGAACAGAUCUAUUUGGCUCAAAAUGUCCUCCAUAGAACGAAGAUACUAAUAUAGUAAAAGAUCAUUUUACUAGGGAGGUCAUGGUGAAGAAAAAGGUAGCCAGCCUGAUGCCAGGCAGUGGAGAAGGUGGGCCUUUGUGCCCAUGCUGUGCUUUUAUGUAUGCAGAGGACCCAACGGUGAUGCAAACCUUCAUCCACCCUUUUUAAACUCACUGUUUCAUGCUUGCUGAAACUCAAAUGAUAGGUUAUGUUUCGUGUUUUGCUUUCUCCUCUCCAUGUGCAAUAGGUAUGUGACAGGAAAAUGGUUCACCCAGGUGAAGGAUGUUCGCAUGCCAUUUUUCUUAUUAAUAAAAUAAAAUGAAAAAAAAAACAUUUAAAAAGUCUCUUUCUAUUUGCAGAGGAAAGUCAAGAGCACGUAGGUGAAUCUAAUUUAAGUACAAGGCAGAUUCUGAAAGUAUCCAGAUACGCUGGGGAAAAGCGUUGAGUAAACUGGUAUAGGUAGGCCUCAAUGCCCACGAUUGGGACCCAAAUUUAUGUUGCUAGGGCAGUUGUUAAGUGAGUCACACACCCAAUUUUACGCCCUUUUCUGCUGCAGUUGUGAAGCAAAUCGCUAAAAGCCAAUAAGCAAAUCUGACUUUCCCCAUUGACUUCCUUCCCAUUGGCUGGGAAGGUCACAGAUGGCGAUCAAAUGACUUCGGAAUGCUGCAAGUGUCAAAUGCCCAAAUUUUGUUCAUAUGAUCUUGGGGAUGCUGCAAGAGAUGGGGGGGGGCUAACUGUCUCUUUUACCAUUAACUUUGAAUGGUCAUUGAACAAAUGGUUGUAAACCGAGGACCACCUGUACAAAUGUAGGCCAUCAUUAGAAAAUGCUGAUGUCAAAACCUUUGGACAUCAUUUUUAAAAGGAGCAAAUUUCUCUAUUAGUUAGUUUAUAUGUUUUAUUAGAAAGUGACACUUUCUUUUGUUUUUAAAGGCUCUCACAAUAGCUUUGCCCUCUUGCAGCAAUUUUAAAUGAUAGAUGUUUCUGGAUGUUACAUUUUGGCAGGUGUGUCCUUUGCUAUAUUAUCCAUGGAAUAACAAUAACAUGAGCAUCCCCAGUUGUGAGAGCAACAGGUGAGUGCGUGCGCACCACUCGCACAAAUGGAGCAUUACAUGCUUGCCCGCCGUGUGCGCAGAACCAUUCCCUCUCUGCCCUAGAGGAUGUAAUGACGUUCCCUCCCAGGUUGCAGCAAAGUGAUAUCAUCAACUACCAAGAGGAAAGCAAGUUUUGCCGUCUCCUGUUCUCCCUGCGGAAAAUACGCCAAUUGUUCAUGGUACAAAGUUGGUGUUGUGGUCCACCAGCAGCCUGCGGAGCUGGCAGCGGGGUCGGACAAUGAGGAGGCUGGGGAGGACAAUGGGUCAGUCCUGGAAUCAGGGGAAGGCCCAGACCAGGACUCUGCAUCAGAGGCAGAGAUGGGGCCAAGGCCAUCUGGGAGCAAUGCACAGAUUGCGGAGCCUCCAGAGGCGACAGCAGAGAGACAGAGGAACAGGAGGAGCCUGUUCCUAGUGCACGCAUGCGAAGAGCUGCCAGAAGGCAAGAGCAGCUGAAGCAAAAGGGAUGACUCGGGAGCAAGGCCAGGAGAUGAUUGGCCCCUCCCAUAAGACUUAAAAGAGCAGCAAUGGCUCUUGGGUUCUUUGUAGGAAAACAACAUUGCUACAAUUGUUUCUUGUCUCCUGUUCCUGAACUUUGUGGGGUUCUUGCCAAGAAAAGCCUUUGACAGGAUGCCAAAGAAGACAAAGGUUUGUGAUAAGGCCGAAGGACUUUAUUUUGGACUUAAUUUGGACUAAGCUGAAAAUGAAGUAAUGCUCAGCCGUUCUAAUAAAAUAUGUUUGUUUAGGA